UAAAAACUAUCUUUUGAAACUUUUGAUGCCGUCUGAGCGCCAUAACGUUCGUUUGCUGUGCUGUUCGCCAGGGACGGGAUCGAAUCCAACAGACCGUAACGAGCCAACAACAAACAAGCAAAACAGGUGUCGCAGCGAAUCACUCGUGAAAAGCCUUCGUCAUGGCUUCAAAUCACCAGAGUGCAGUUAAACGGGACGAAAAGGGGAGAAACAUCCAAGUGGUCGUCAGAUGCAGACCUUUCAACACGGCGGAGCGCAAGUCGUCAUACAACGUGAUUGACUGCGAUCCAAACCGGAAGGAAGUUGUUGUGAGGACGGCGAGCGACAAGGCGUCCAGGAAGACAUACACUUUUGAUAUGGUGUUCGGCCCUGCUGCCAAGCAGAUCGACGUAUACCGGAGCGUGGUGUGUCCCACCUUGGACGAGGUCAUCAUGGGCUACAACUGCACCAUCUUUGCUUACGGUCAGACGGGAACGGGAAAGACGUUCACGAUGGAGGGAGAAAGAAGUCCUGACGAGCGGUUCACCUGGGAGGAGGACCCCUUGGCCGGCAUCAUUCCCAGGACCCUCCACCAGAUCUUCGAGAAGCUGUCUGAGAACGGCACGGAGUUCUCCGUCAAAGUGUCGCUGCUGGAGAUCUACAACGAGGAGCUCUUUGACCUACUCGCCCCCGGCGAGGAUGUCAACGAGCGGCUGCAGCUCUUUGACGACCCAAGGAAUAAGCGCGGCGUGGUGGUCAAAGGUCUGGAGGAGGUGACGGUCCACAACAAAGAUGAGGUCUACCUGAUCCUGGAGAGAGGAUCAGCCAAGCGCAGGACAGCCUCCACACUCAUGAACGCCUACUCCAGCCGCUCGCAUUCGGUCUUCUCGGUCACCAUCCACAUGAAGGAGAUGACGCUGGAUGGCGAGGAGCUGGUCAAGAUCGGGAAACUCAACCUGGUGGACCUGGCAGGUAGCGAGAACAUCGGCCGCUCUGGUGCGGUGGACAAGCGGGCGCGUGAGGCAGGGAACAUCAACCAGUCUCUCCUGACGCUGGGCCGCGUGAUCACAGCUUUGGUGGAGAAGAGACCUCACGUCCCAUACAGGGAGUCCAAGCUGACGCGCAUCCUCCAGGACUCGCUGGGGGGACGCACCAAGACCUCCAUCAUCGCCACCGUGUCCCCGUCCUCCAGCAACCUCGAGGAGACGCUGAGCACGCUGGAAUACGCCAGCAGGGCCAAGAACAUCAUGAACAAGCCAGAGGUCAACCAGAAGCUCACCAAGAGGACACUCAUCAAGGAAUACACGGAGGAGAUUGAGCGCCUCAAGCGAGACCUGGCCACCACCAGGGAGAAAAAUGGCGUCUAUUUGUCAACCGAGAACUUUGCGAACAUGAUGGAGCAGCUCACCGCAAAUAACGAAAAUGUCCUCGAGUACACCGAACGCAUUGCCAUCAUGGAGGACGAGCUGAAGAAGGUGAGCGAGUUGUUUGUGGACACUCAAAGUAAACUGGAGCAGUGCGCCGCCGAGCUGGACGACAAGCAGCAGAGGCUGGAAGAGACCAAAGACAAGCUAGCGAAGGAGGAGUUCAUCAGUGGGGAGCUGCACUCGGCCCAGGAUGAGCUUCACACCGCCGCCACGCAGCUGCUGAUCGCGGCAGAUGCCAGCACCUGCGACGUCUCGGGUUUGCACGCCAAGCUGGACCGAAAGAAGCUGGUGGAGCAGCACAACACAGCGGAGCAGCAGAGCUUUGCCGAGCGCAUGGCGGCGGCCUUCGGUGACGUGCAGCACGGCGUCCAGCGGCAAGGCGAUAAACAUCGACUCGUCCUCAGCAGCUACUCGCAGGCUAUCGAUGGCGCUCUGGCGGGCAGUGUGGCGGCGCUGACGAGCGCAGCGAGUGGUGUGGAGGGUCUGGUGGCCGACACGGGGCGACUGCUGGGCGAGGGCCUGGUGCGCUGUCAGGAGCGCGCGCAACGCCACCACCAGCUCAGCCAGCAGGACCACGAGGCCCUCAAGGAGCUUCUGGAGGAGCACCAGCGAGAUAUGGAGGAGGUCCUCCAGGUUCAGACUCUGAUGGGUCUUUCAGCGCUCCAAGAGCUGAACGCCUCCCUCAGGACCACCGCGGAGGCGCAGCAAGACCUGGCCGACAAGAUGGAGGCCAUGAAAGAGACGGGCAAGUUCUUCAGCGGCCUGGUUGCGGAGCUCGCGGCUCUGCGAGAAGCCACGGUCGAGAACGUGACCGUCCUGCAGGACCAACGUGACCAGCUAGAGGACCAGAUUCAAAAAGCUCAGGAGAGGAACCGGCAGAGUACCAAGCAGACCAUCCAGAUGCUUCAGGACCAGCUCAACCUUCUUGCCGCGGACUCACAAGAGGACUACGACAACCUGUGCUCGUCCGCCAGAGCCCUGAAGGCUCCCCUCUGCAGCAUUCGAGAGAAGCUCAGCAGCGCCUGCGGCUCGGUGGAGCAUCGGGCGUCCACACGGGCGAAUUUGCUGUGCUCCGAUUCCUUGUCGCUGGCCUCCACGCUGCGCUUCCACGUGGACGAGAGCAGGCGGAACCUGGAGGAAACCGCCGGUUGCUGUGAGCACCUGCGGCGCAGCGUGUCAGACGUGCUUCAGCGAGACCAGGACUGGAGCGCGGCACUGGAGCGGCACGCUGACGAGCGAGCUCAAGAGCGCCUCUUGCUGGCGGUCGAAGAGUCGACCCACGUACAGACCCUCCAUCAGAGUGUGAAGGCGCACGGUGUUGAACGAGUCCGCGCGUUGAACGUGGAGUUGCUUAGCCAGCAGGAGGAAGUGCAGCAGGCCCUGGAGUGCACGCGGGGCCAAACCACCUUGGAUGCCGCUGCCCUGGACCGGCUGGAGGCUGACGUCCUCGAUUACCUGGAAGCUGGUCGGCAGCUCGUGCAAAACUUCCUGCAGGAGGGGCUGCGCCAAGACGUACCCACCGGUCAGACGCCGCAGAGGCGGGACUUUGUGUACCCGCGCCAGAUGGCCAAGGCGAGGAGCCGCACGGAGAUCCUGGAAAGUCUGAGGCAGCAACGGGACGCCACCAAGGAGGUCGAGCAAGAGCACGACCGGGAAUCUGACGACGACGAUGACAGAUGCAGCCAGGACUCCCUGGAGGACGAGCUGAGCAUGUGCAACGAGAACGCGGCCACGGAGGGCUCCUUCGUGGAUGAGAACCUGGUCAUCAACGAGAGCCAGCGCCUUCCCUUCUUCAAGCAAAAGAAGGCCAGCAAAAAAGACAGCAAAGUCCUUAGGCCCAAAGUUUGCGACACCCCACAGAACGAGACCACCCCACAGAAGUCCAAACUCCCGCUGCGCUGUCACAACUAGAUUUGGCCGUGUUGGCUUUUAGCUGCCCGUUAGCCUUCUCGUUCACCAAUUAAUCGUAGUCUGCUUUAUAAUCUGUCAAAUUAAACAUGGUUAUGUGUUC